AUUAAACGGAACUGAAAGUAUCCUGCUGUGUACCUCCGCCUGUGUCGCUGUCUUUAUCUUGUGUAGUUCAUUUGUACAAUGGCUUCCAACAUUGUUGCCGAGUCAGAUGAUGAACAGAAGUCAUCCAUGUACGAGUACAGGGACCGUGAGGACAGCAGUCAUAGCCUGUCUGAUACAGGUGAUGAUUUAUCAGAUUCAGAGAGCGACAGUGACGAAGAACAAGGAGCCGUGGCAUCAUCAGGAGCCAGUGCUGUUAAGCAAGAGCCAUGCAGGUACUACAAUUCCAGUAAAUGCAAAUACGGAAAGAAGUGCAAAUAUCUGCAUGUUUGCAAGUACCAUUUCAAUGGGAAGUGCAAGAUGGGAUCAAAUUGCCCUCGAAGACACUCUGCUGCCUCCCAGAGUGACUCAUCAUCUGAUGAGGAUGACAGAGGGGAAAGAACAGCUACCCCGACAGAGACACAUGACAAGCCUUAUAAGUGGCAAUUAAACAGUGGAGAGAACUGGAGGGAUAUUGAAAACGACUAUGUCAUAGAAGCCCAGUACUCACUGCCUGGUGCCAGAGGCAUCAAAAUCUACAACACAAUUUAUGGGGCGAUUGAUAUUAAUUUUAACAAAAUGAGGAUCCGUAAAAAAAAAAUAAGAGUGCAGCGCAAGAGUUUUGACGAUUGUGGACAAGAAACUGAAUGGCUGUGGUAUUACCAUGGAAACAGUGGCUGGAUUGAGUAUGGACAAAAGGAUUCCAAAGGUAGCGCUACAUCUUUGAAAAGUUCUGACAUUGAAAAGGAGUACCAGAAGAAACCAAAUAAUUGCCUCAGGUUUACUGCUGGGCAGACACAUUAUGAAAUAAACUUUAAAGAAAUGCGACAGAUCAAUCUAGCAUCAAACCAUAAGAGGAGAGUAGUUCGCCGUCCCAAAAUUACAGCUCUACAAGUGAAAACAGGAAAAACAAGCCUGACUUCAUCUUCCCAACAACAACACCAAGUUUCCCCUGGGGGUACAAAGACAAUCUGGCAGUUUGAGGGAGACAGUGGAAAGUGGUACGAAUUCAAAUACAGGUCUGCUACUGACACAGAAUCUUCAGUCUCAAGCAAAGAGAUAGAAGCGAAAUACCAAGCAAACCCCGAGGGCUCCAUGACAUUCAAGGCUGGCAAAUACCAGUACAAGCUGAACUUCUCAGAUAUGACUCAAACCAAUCUUGCUUCAAAAAAGAUACACCGAAUUCAGCGGACAGUGGUUUAAUGGAAGACAAAAGCCAGUAUCAAGACUUAUCCCAAGACCUUGCUACCUUCAAAUUAAUUGUCACAUUACUUACUGACCCCACUUUCCUAGCUUUGUAUAUACGGUACUAUUUACUGUAUAUAACGAUCAGUUUACAUUUAAGUCUAUGGAGGUAAGUUUGGUUGUGUUUUGGUUGCCAUAACAACAGAUGUCCUACAAAGUAAUUUGUUCCCAAACAUGUCUGAAAUGCCUUACAUGACCUCUCUGUAUAUAAUUUAAUCAAAGAAUAUUGAAAUUUCAUCCAGUCACUCAAUCAAAUUCCAUAUUGUUUCCUGGACAAAUGUACAAAAACAAAAGUAGAAAUUGACAGACAAAGGGGGUGUGGUUACGUGAAAGCAUGUGUACAUAUUUUCCUUAAAUAUUGAAAAGCCACAUGAAGAAGAUUGGAUUUUCUGAAAUGUGAGUCAAUCCUCAUCUUGUUUAAAUGGUUUUAACAUUCAUAUCAAUGCAUAAACUGGUUCCAACGAACCGCAAAUACAAAACCAAUCAUUAAAUAUGAAAUUGUUCUAAAAAGUUACUCCUAUGCAUGUCAAAUGUUAAGUGCAAUAGCAUAACUAUUACCUCAUGUAAUCAUGAAAUGAAAUUACUGCACUGCCAAACCCAUAUCCCUUGAGUGAUAGUUAACCAAUUUUAUAUAUAUUAGUGCUGGGACAAAUAUCCGAAUAUUCAAACAAAUUUUUUUUGACAUGUAUUCGGAUAC